AUGACUAGACGUUCAGUAAAUAAAACAGCACUAAAAGUGGGCCCUUACUCCUUUGAACAAGUGGAUGAGUUUAAAUACCUUGGAGUAAACUUAAACUCAAAAAAUAAUGUGCAUAGUGAGAUCCAAUUGAGAAUAAAUAGUGCGAAUAAAGCGUAUUUUGCCAUGAAUAAGAUGCUAAGCUCUAAAAUUUUGUCCAAAGAAACGAAAGAGAAACUGUAUACUUCUUUUCUACGUCCCAUAGUAAUGUAUGAAUGUGAGACAUGGUCUAUGACACAGGGAGACGAAGAAAAAUUACUUACCUUCGAAAGGAAAGUCCUAAGGAAAAUUCACGGACCUGUUCGACUUCAAAAUGGUGAAUAUGAGAGAAGGAAAAAUAAAGAUCUGGAAAUGUUAUUUAACAAGCCAAAUAUAAGAUUAUUGUUGAAGGCAAAGCGCUUGGAAUGGGCUGGCCACNUCUGGCGAGCUGACGAAAAUAUUAUAAAAAAUGUCUUAAUCAGAAAUGUAACAAAAACGCGGCCAAGAGGAAGACCUCGCCAGGGAUGGUUAGACAGGGUAAAGAAGGAUAUUUUAAAUACUGACAACUCAAAACGAUUAGAUGACGCAAUGGACCGGAAUGGAUGGAGAAACUUGGUGGAAGCAUGCAAAAGGCCUUAA